GCUGGCUUGUAAGCGGGGAGGGGCCGGCGAGUAAAAAGGGUGCAGAGGGGCGUGGGGAGCUUGCGGCAUUCCGGCGAGGAGCGCCGCCAGGCCCCAGGCCACAGCCGGGCCUGGCGGGGGGACCAUGGGCGCUUCAGCCUCCAGGUGCAGGGCCGCCCGGGUCCCCGCGCCGGAGCCGGAACCCGAAGGGGCGCUGGACCUGAGCCAAAUGCCCCCGGAGCUGCUUCUGGUGGUGCUGAGCCACGUCCCCCCGCGCACGCUGCUGGGGCGCUGCCGCCAAGUGUGCCGGGGUUGGCGCGACCUGGUGGACAGCCAGGCCCUGUGGCUGCUGAUCUUGGCCCGGGACCACAGCACCACCGGCCGCGCGCUGCUGCAGCUCGCGCGCAGCUGCCAGUCUCCCUCCCGCAACGCCAGGCCCUGCCCGCUGGGCCGCUUCUGCGCGCGCAGACCCAUCGGACGCAACCUUAUUCGCAACCCCUGCGGCCAAGAAGGCCUCCGAAAGUGGAUGGUGCAGCAUGGUGGGGACGGCUGGGUGGUAGAGGAAAACAGGACAACCGUGCGUGGGGCCCCUUCUCAGACAUGCUUCGUGACUUCAUUCAGCUGGUGUCGCAAGAAGCAGGUCUUGGACCUAGAGGAGGAGGGUCUGUGGCCAGAACUGCUGGAUAGUGGCAGGAUUGAGAUUUGUGUCUCUGACUGGUGGGGAGCCCGACACGACAGUGGCUGUAUGUAUCGACUCCUUGUCCAACUUCUGGAUGCCAACCAGACUGUUCUAGAUAAAUUCUCUGCUGUGCCUGAUCCCAUCCCCCGGUGGAACAACAAUGUCUGCCUUCACGUCACUCACGUCUUCUCCAACAUCAAGAUGGGUGUCCGCUUUGUGUCUUUCGAACACUGGGGGCAGGAUACAGAGUUCUGGGCCGGCCACUAUGGAGCCCGUCUGACCAACUCCAGUGUGACGGUGCAAGUUCGUCCACCCUAGUCCAGGACCACCCUUGUUGCAAGACAGCCUGACUGUGCCUUCCAGGGCCUGGGACCAUUGGCUGGGACCCCUCAUUAACCAACUAAGCGCUUGUAACUCCCUGGCAUACUGGGAAUUCCUGGGUCCGAUCAAAGUCCCUCAUCUUCAGGUUCUAGAAACUACCAGAAGCAGCUUCUUCCAUCAUAUCUACCUACUGCAGCUGCUGCUUUGGGGGACCCUGCCCUACUGAGGGGAAACCCACAGGUUUGAGCAUGGGGGAACAUAUGUCCUAGAGAAGAAUUCUCCCCUCCCGUCUCUUCUCUUCCCACCCGAAACCCUUCAGUCCAGCCCCAGGCCCCUCUGUCCCAUCCCCUCCCCUCCUCGCCACUGACCUCUUGCUUCCUAUUGUAUCUGCCACAGUGACCUCCUUGGUCCCUUCAGGGAAGCCCUCCACUCAUCUCAGAACUUAGAUUUUCAUCCUUAGGGCUCAGAAAGUCCCAGCCCUAAGGGUGUGAACCCAACCUCCUGGGGCUUCUGAGCUACCGUGCUGGGAUCUGGUCAUGCAGCUGAAAGUCAAUGUUUUAAAAAAAAAAAAAAAAAAAGUUUGGGCUGGGCAUGGUGGCUCAUGCCUGUAAUCCCAGCACUUUGGGAGGCCGAGGCAGGUGGAUUGCCUGAGGUCAGGAGUUCGGGACCAUCCUGGCCAACAUGGUGAAACCCCGUAUCUACUAAAAAUACAAAAAAAUUAGCCAGGCGUGGUGGCGUAUGCCUGUAAUCCCAGGUACUCAGGAGGCUGAGGACUUGGAGGCUGCGGUUAGCUGAGAUUGUGCCACUGCACUCACAGCCUGGGCAACAGAGCAAGACUCCAUUUCAAAAAAAGUUUGGGCUGGGUGCAAUGGCUCACACCUGUAACCCCAGCACUUUGGGAGGCCAAAGUGGGAGGAUCACUUGAGCCCUGGAGUUCAAGAACAGCCUGGGCAAAGUAGUAAGAUCCCCAUCUCUACAAAAAAUAUAAAAAGUAGCCAGGCAUGGUAGUACAUACCUGUAGUCCAAGUUACUUGGGAGGCUGAGAUGAGAGGAUCAUUUGUGCCCAGGAGGUUGAGGCUAUAGUGAGCCAUGAUCAUACCACUGCACUCCAGCCUGCAUGACAGCGAGACCCUGUCUCCAAAAAAAAAAAAAAAGAGAAUUUGGAGAUGGUUCUGCCCAUUCUGGCUUCUCUAAUAAAUGAGGUAAUUCCCUGAGCCCAACUCUGAUCCUCCAGGACCUGUAAUUAUGUGGUAUUUAAAAUUAAAAUACUAUUUUUUAUUUUGGCUUUUCUUCAAACAAUAAUAUAUCAGCAGCAUGUAUCUGCCAGUCAUACGUAAUAAAUUUCUUAUUUUGCCAAAA